UGGUAGCCGUCGGAAAGGGUCGCAUUUAAGGCGUGAGAACUGAGAAGGUGGAAUACAUCUGAUAGACGCAUAUAGAACGGACAUUGCAGCCUGUACUUUGUGAAGAACUCGAUUCAAAGUUUGAAAAUAUUCACGCAACGAUGUCGGGCGCGUCUGUCUUCCACAUCUUGUUCGGGUCAUGUAUCGCUCUCCUGUUCGUAUUAAACAAACCAGUGUCGGGUGACUUCAAGUAUGAGAGAACUAUCGCGUUCACCGUGGAGAGGACGGCCGAUAUGAGCGACUCGACGACCUCGAGGGACAUCGGGGCGUUUAACAAGAACUCGCAGAAGAUCUAUCUCAACAUCGGUGAAGCGCUGGAUGUCGUCACAGGACGAUUCAAAGUCCCACUGGAAGGCGUUUACUACUUCUACUACAGCUUUUCGAGUGAGACAAUGGAUGAGGAGACCCGAGUCGAACUCUUCAAACUCGAAGCUGGAAAGGAUCUUAAAUCCGCGACUUUGCAGGUCUUCCAGAGCAUCACCCCUGCCCUCGUUAGCCCGCUCGACUCCGCCAGCGCCUCGGUCAUGGUAGAACUGAAACGCGACGACGAGGUUUUUCUGCGGUUGGCACCGGGUUUGCUGGACGCGGAUGCGGAUCGACCGCUGCUUUUCACCGGAUAUUUGGUGUACAGAGAAGGCCAACAAGCUCUUGGAUACUGAUUUGUUUUUCUUCAGAUAAUGGACUAGGCUUAGAAAUGUGUUCUAAAACACUAUAAUGGCCCGAAACUAUGACAUGUACUUUUUUUUAAUGAAAUUAAGAAGAUAAAUACAUCCCAAUCAGUUUUCCCCCUUCUCACGAUCUUUGACAUUAUAAAUGACCGGUAAU